CACUCUUACACCGACCGCAAUGUCUCAGGCCCUCCCUCUUCAGAACAAAGGCAUCUUCCGCAACUUGCCAACUUUCCCAUCCGAUGUCACAGACCUGACGGCCCUCAUCACCGGCGCCAAUGGCAUCAGCGGAUUCCACACCCUCAGGGUCCUCCUCGACGCACCGCAGCGAUGGAAGAAGGUCUGGAUAGUGUCGAGAAGCCCCCUCUCAGAGAAGAUGAUGAGCUUCUUCUCUGCUGAGCAGCAGGCGCGCAUCGAACACAUCUCGCUGGAUUUCCUGGCGGACGCGGACGUCAUCGCGCAAGGUCUAAAGGAGCGUCGAGUCACGGCGGACUACGUCUUUUUCUACUCCUAUCUCCAGCCCAAGCCCCCGAGCCCGGAGCCGCUGCUUGCCGCCUUGCUCCGAAACUUCCUCGGCGGGCUCGAAAAGUCCUCCAUCCGCCCCAAACGCAUCGUCCUGCAGACCGGCGCCAAGAACUACGGCGGCCACAUCGGACAGGCCAUCUCGCCCUUCGUGGAAUCAGCGCAGCGCGUCACUAGCGAACCAAACUUCUACUACCCGCAGGAAGACGCCCUCUUUGACCACUGCGCCAGGACGGGCGCAAAAUGGAACGUCUUCCGCCCCUCCUGGAUCGUCGGCGCCGUGGAGAACGCGCAGAUGAAUGCGUUUUACGGGCUCGGUGUCUACGCCGCCGUGCAGGCUCAUCUGGGCAAGCCGCUCGAGUUCCCCGGCACGAUGGCGGCUUGGCUCAAGGACCACACGCAAUCGCAUGCUCAUCUUACCGGGUAUCUGUCCGAGUGGGCUGUUUUGAAUGAGCAUUGUGGGAAUCAGGCGUUCAACUCGAAUGAUCAGGGAUCGUUCAGCUUUGCGUUGUUCUGGCCUGAGCUCGCGAAAUGGUUUGGUAUCUCGAAGGUUGGGAGGCCGGAGGUGGAUGAGUCAAAGAUGCAGACGAUUUCCAUGCCUGGCGAGCCGCCUAUUGGGUUCGGCCCCCGUGGAGGCUUCAAGUUCUCGUGGUCCUUCGUCGCCUGGGCCAAGAAGCCCGAGAACCACGAAGCCUGGAAGGAGAUUAUGAAGAAGCACAACCUGCUGCUCGACCCCUUCCAGGACCCCGAGGGCCAGUUCAUGUUCACGGACGUUGCUGUGCUGCCCGAUGGCUACGGCCGCCUGAGCCCGAACAAGGCCCGCGUCAUGGGCUGGAACGGGUUCGUUGAUACGGCGGAGGGCAUUUUUGCGACGUACACCGAGUUCCAAAAGCUUGGUAUGCUGCCGCCGAUGGCUGUGGACGAAAGCUAGACCGUUGAUCUAGGAGGAGGCUGUCGAGUAUCACGCAGCUCGAGGAGUAUAGUAGUGUAUGAAACGAAUAGAAUGGAUAGUGUACGUUGA